GAGUCACUUUCUAAAUGUCUCAAAUAGUGAUGGAUAAUCAAAUUGAGCAAUUUUUUAUUCUGAUACUUUCUUGAUGAUAAUAUUGAGAACUGAAAAUUUACUGAUUCCUUCUGUUAUGCAUAUGUAUAAAGCUAUAAGUUUCUAGUCAGUGCCUGGUAAUGUUUUUGUUAACUUGAUGAGGCCUUUCUUGAGGAAUGCAGAGGCAACUGUUCCAUUAUCUUGGGCUACGAGAAUGAUGAUUGCUCUUGGAGCUGCAAAAGGGCUUGCUUUCCUUCACAAUGCUGAAAGGCCUGUUAUCUAUCGAGACUUCAAGACAUCUAAUAUAUUAUUGGACUCUGAUUAUACAGCCAAGCUUUCUGAUUUUGGGCUUGCAAAAGCUGGGCCACAAGGUGAUGAGACCCAUGUAUCCACUCGGGUAAUGGGUACCUAUGGUUAUGCUGCUCCUGAAUAUGUAAUGACUGGACACCUAACCGCCAGGAGUGAUGUGUACAGCUUUGGAGUCGUUCUUCUAGAGCUGUUGACGGGAAGGAAAUCCGUUGACAAGACAAGGCCAAGCAGGGAACAAAGCUUGGUGGAUUGGGCUCGGCCAAAACUGAACGACAAGAGAAAAUUAUUACAAAUAAUAGAUCCCAGAUUAGAGAACCAGUACUCGGUAAGGGCAGCUCAAAAAGCGUGCAGCUUGGCAUACUACUGCCUAAGCCAAAACCCGAAAGCAAGGCCCUUGAUGAGUGAUGUGGUUGAAACUUUAGAGCCUCUGCAAAGCGCUAGUGUUGGUGCAAAUGCAAAUGUAGUUUCACUAUCAUCAUCGUCAACUCUUGGUGCUACACUUGCCAUGCCGGCAAUCCCUGAUUACCGAAUGCAAAUGCAUCACGGUUUCGCUGGCAAUGUUGGUGCCAGGGCCGUUUGUCGUUCUCCCAACCCUAAUUGUUCUCCAGGUGGUCCUGCAGCGUGUCGGGUUAGAUGAGAAAUGUUACAUGUUUGUGUUCUCUGUGUUUUAUUGUGUUCAAAGUGAUGUAAUUUGCUUGCUAAAACAUGGGUGCAAUCUGCCACUUGGUGUAAAUGGUAAUGAUGAUCCCACUGAGCCUGUUGUCAAUUAUUUUGGUGCUGACAAUGCUUAUUUUCAAUAUUGUGUGGGCUUCUUUGUUAGUUGAAAUUA